CGUCUGCUGUCCCCACCACUUCCACGACUAAAUCUGCAGUCCCUACCACUUCCACGACUAUGUCUGCUGUUCCCACCACUUCCACGAGUACUGCUCCAGUUCCCAUCAUCUCAACAACUACUUCUGCAGUCCCCAGCACUUCCACGACUACUUCUCCAGUUUCCACCAUCUCCACGAGUACAUCUACAGUCCCCACCACUUGCACAACUACCUCUACAGUCCCCACCACUUCCACAACUACGUCUGCAGUCCCCACCACUUCCUCGACUACUUCCCCCAUUUCGACCAUCUCGACAACUACUUCUGCAGUCCCUACCUCUUCCAUGACUACGUCAGCUGUUUCCACCACUUCCACGACUACUUCUCCAGUUCCCAUCAUCUCCAUGAGUACAACUACAGUCCCCACCACUUCCACAACUACUACAUCUACAAUCCCCACCACUUCCACAACUACGUCUGCGGUCCCCAACACUUCCACGACUACUUCUCCGGUUCCCAUCAUCUCCAUGAGUACAUCUACAAUCCCCACCACUUCCACAACUACGUCUGCGGUCCCCAACACUUCCACGACUACUUCCCCCAUUUUGAUCAUCUCGACAACUACUUCUGCAGUCCCUACAACUUCCACGACUACGUCUGCUGUUCCCACAACUUCCACGACUACUUCUCCAGUUCCCAUCAUCUCAGCGACUACUUCUGCAGUCCCCACCACUUCCACGACUACUUCUGCAGUUCCCAUCAUCUCUACGACUCCUUCUGACGUCCCGUCCACUUCCACAACUACUUCUGCAGUCCCUACCACUUCAGCGACUACGUCUGCUGUUCCCACCACUUCCACAACUACUUCUGCAGUCCGCACCACUUCCACGAGUACAUCUACAGAACCCACCACUUCCACUACUUCAACAGUCCCCACCACUUUCACAACUACGUCUGCUGUCCCCACCACUUCCACGACUAAAUCUGCAGUCCCUACCACUUCCACGACUAUGUCUGCUGUUCCCACCACUUCCACGAGUACUGCUCCAGUUCCCAUCAUCUCAACAACUACUUCUGCAGUCCCCAGCACUUCCACGACUACUUCUCCAGUUUCCACCAUCUCCACGAGUACAUCUACAGUCCCCACCACUUGCACAACUACCUCUACAGUCCCCACCACUUCCACAACUACGUCUGCAGUCCCCACCACUUCCUCGACUACUUCCCCCAUUUCGACCAUCUCGACAACUACUUCUGCAGUCCCUACCUCUUCCAUGACUACGUCAGCUGUUUCCACCACUUCCACGACUACUUCUCCAGUUCCCAUCAUCUCCAUGAGUACAACUACAGUCCCCACCACUUCCACAACUACGUCUGCUGACUCCACCACCUCGACGAUUAAAUCUGCAGUCCCCAACACUUCAAUGACUACUUCUCCAAUUCCCAUCAUCUCCACAACUACGUCUGCUGUCCCCACCACUUCCACAACUAGUUCUCCGGUUCCCAUCAUCUCCAUGAGUACAUCUACAGUCCCCACCACUUCCACAACUACGUCUGCUGUCUCCACCACCUCGACGACUAAAUCUGCAGUCCCCAACACUUCAGUGACUACUUCUCCAAUUCCCAUCAUCUCCACAACUACGUCUGCUGUCCCCACCACUUCCACAACUACUUCUCCGGUUCCCAUCAUCUCCAUGAGUACAUCUACAAUCCCCACCACUUCCACAACUACGUCUGCGGUCCCCAACACUUCCACGACUACUUCCCCCAUUCUGAUCAUCUCGACAACUACUUCUGCAGUCCCUACAACUUCCACGACUACGUCUGCUGUUCCCACCACCUCCACGACUAUUGCUCCAGUUAGCAUCAUCUCAACGACUACUUCUGCAGUCCCUAGCACUUCCAAGACUACUUCUACAAUUCCCAUCAUCUCCUCCAUAACUACUUCAACAGUCCACACCACUUUCACAACUACGUCUGCAGUCCCCACCACUUCCACGACUAAAUCUGCAGUCCCUACCACUUCCACGACUCUGUCUGCUGUUCCCACCACUUCCACGAGUACUGCUCCAGUUCCCAUCAUCUCAACAACUACUUCUGCAGUCCCCAGCACUUCCACGACUACUUCUCCAGUUUCCAUCAUCUCCACAACUACGUCUGCAGUCCCUACCACUUCCACGAGUAUGUCUGCUGUUCCCACCACUUCCACGACUACUUCUCCAGUUCCCAUCAUCUCCAUGAGUACAUCUACAGUCCCCACCACUUCCACAACUACGUCUGCUGACUCCACCACCUCGACGACUAAAUCUGCAGUCCCCAACACUUCAAUGACUACUUCUCCAAUUCCCAUCAUCUCCACAACUACGUCUGCUGUCCCCACCACUUCCACAACUACUUCUCCGGUUCCCAUCAUCUCCAUGAGUACAUCUACAGUCCCCACCACUUCCACAACUACGUCUGCUGUCUCCACCACCUCGACGACUAAAUCUGCAGUCCCCAACACUUCAAUGACUACUUCUCCAAUUCCCAUCAUCUCCACAACUACGUCUGCGGUCCCCAACACUUCCAUGACUACUUCCCCCGUUCUGAUCAUCUCAACAACUACUUCUGCAGUCCCUACAACUUCCACGACUACGUCUGCUGUUCCCACCACCUCCACGACUAUUGCUCCAGUUACCAUCAUCUCAACGACUACUUCUGCAGUCCCUAGCACUUCCAAGACUACUUCUCCAAUUCCCAUCAUCUCCACAACUACGUCUGCUAUCCCCACCACUUCCUCGACUACUUCUCCAGUUCCCAUCAUCUCCACAACUACGUCUGCUGUCCCCACCACAUCGACAACUACGUCUGCGGUCCCCAACACU